AUGAAGACCCUGGUGAGCCCGAGUUCGAGGGUGGUCGUGGACAAGCACUGGGACAGAGAGAAGAAUGCCUUUGUUCACAGGCUUGAAGCUUGUUUUCUUAGGCCUAAGAGAAGUGUGGAUUUUCGGUUCUUGAAUUUGGUGUGUUUUCUGCAACAGAGCAAGCCUGUCAAGCCAGUCAUUUGUCUCUCAUCAAAAACCCAGACUGAAUUGGAGGUGACAGAUGAUCAAAUCCAAGAAACACAUCAUACAAAAACUAUUCAUGUCAAAUUCCAGUUGCAGAAAGAGUGCUCGUUUGGGCAGCAGUUCCUCAUAGUAGGGGAUGAUCCUAUGUUCGGUUUGUGGGACCCUUCAAGCGCAAUACCGAUGAACUGGUCAGAUGGGAAUGUGUGGACUGUUGAGCUGGAUAUACCAGUUGGGAAAUCGGUCCAGUUCAAGUUCAUACUCAAAGAAAUCACAGGGAAUAUCUUGUGGCAGCCUGGCCCAGAUCGAAUUUUCCAGACCUGGGAAACGAAGAACACAAUCACUGUUUGUGAAGAUUGGGCAGAUGCUGAACUUCAGAAAAUAAUAGAGGAAAAUCAAGCUAAUCAAAGUGUUGGUUCCAAUGUUAACUCAGAUAUGUCGAUUGUAGCUGAGAACCUGACUCUUCCAGAAGAACUAGCUUUGAAUAUCACCAAGGAACCAACCAUUGCUGAUAGCAGCACUGAUCCAGCAGAGAAACCAUUGGCGGAACCAUGGAAGGAACAAAUUGUUGCUGAUAAAGUUUCUCCUUCACAAGAGGAACCCAAAACUACUGUUGCAGAGAAUGUAACCCCAAAAUGGCCAAAGUCAUAUAUGGAACCAUGCGAGGAACAAAUUGCUGCAAGAACUAAAGUGGUUGACGAAGAGAGAGUUAUUUUUCCAAGUGAGGACUAUGCAGCCAUCUCCAAUAAGGAGUUGUUGGUGGCAGACAACAUUUUUGGCAAUAAUGGCAGAGCUGCAACCGUAAGGAACCUUUCAAGCACUCACAUUGAGGGAAGCCUAAUCAACUAUGAAGAAGGUCAUGUGCUGGUACCUGGCUUGACUCCUUCACCAACUAUUCCAACUGAAGAAGCAAAGAAAGAGAAAGUUGAGAAACAGAUGUCUUUUGAUGAUGGCUCAGUUGGAGCCUUCGAAGCUAAGGAUCUUAAGAUGCCAGAGAUUCAGCUAGACUUGAAGCAAGAGCCAUACAGUGACCCACCUCAAGCAGAAACAACUGCUAUCAUCAAGGAUAAUGUACAGAGUUUCGACGAUGAACUUGAGCAAAGCCCUGCUAAAAAUGCAGAACAUUCCAACUCAGAGUCAGCCAACGGUAGUGUCUUGCACAAUGACCCAUCUCAAGAAGAAACAAAUGCCAUGAUCAAUGAUAAAGAAGAGAAGUCUGAUGACGAUCAACUCAACCAAAUGCAUCACCCUGCUAAAUGGGCAGACCAGUCUGACUCAGAGCCAAUCAACGAUAAUGUCUUGGACAACGACGUACAAUGGGGUCGUAAAAUGCUGCAGAAAUUUCUGAAUAAUUUCCGAUUGCAUUAG